UUCUGAUCCAGUUUUUUCGAUCCCACGGGGUCUGUGGUCCUCACUCCCGACGAGCACCUGAAGCCAAGCAACCGCGGACUGUGUGAUUCUGCUCCCUCUGAGCCGCGUCGCAUGUGACUGUCCCCUCCCUCCCUGCCGGCGGUUGCACACCACACGGCUCUGCCUUGGAUUGGACACUGCAGAGUGAGUUGGUCAUCCACCUUUCGGCCGCAUUUUUCAUCUGCUUGACGCGGACGGCCUCGGUCUUUCCGCCGCCACGCUACACGGUGUGCGCCCUCCCUGCCUCGUUCCUGCUCGUUGCUUGGUGAGGUGGAGGGCCGCUGCAGCCUGAGAAGGAGGACAAGGACGGACUGCCGGCGUAUCCGAGGUGAUCAACCGGAGGGGUCGUCAACCUCGCCGCACCAGGUGGGUGGGUAUUCAUGAAUGCGCGGCAGGGAGAGCCGCCGUCACAGAGCGGGGAGAGGCCUGGGUGCGGGCAGGGAGGCAGGGAGGGAUGCAUGGCAUGGCUGAGUAAAGACAGACGAGACGAGAGGGGCGCACAGAAUCAAUCUCUCCAUAUAUUCUCUUGCCCCUCACCCCACCUACCUUUGCUUGUUGCCGUGCAGACAGACAAGUGACAUACAUACAUCAAGUGGGUGGCUCGACUGCCGGUGAAUCGUUCCCGCCAUCAUGGACGCCGAGAUCGCCGGAGGGUCGUUCCCCAGUUCCCAUCUGCACCAGAUGGUCCAAUCUCACCUGAAGCCUUCGUCCUGGGUAUCUCCGCAAUGGAAGGCAAGUAGCGGCGUCCGCCGCAGCAGCCGCACCACCCAACACAGCGACGCCGCUCCGGCCGGGAUCAUCCCUCUCGACGCCUUCCGGACGUCGUGUGAGGGCAACGAGGCGGCCAGCCUGGCUUUGAGCCGGCUCAACAAGGCCAACAAUACCGAGGCCGGAACCGUCCCCGCCGCCUUCAUGUACGAGAAACCGAUGGACGAGAGGGACUGGCGCGGCCGACUCCUGGGCGACUCCCCCAGCCCAGCCAUGAAGCACGAGCCAGCGACGGUCAAGACGGCCGCCAUCGAGGACGGGACGGCGGCUGUUCUCUCGCCUGAGGCGCACCGCAAGACGGAGAUCUUGCCUUCCCAUGCUCCACCGGCCAAGGAGCUUUUCAGAUGGACCAGGUGCGCCAGACAGAGAGAGAUGGAUGGAUGGAUCCGUCAUGUCAUGUCAUGUGGGUGCGUUGGUUUGUUUGUUUCUUCGUUGGUCGGUUGCUUCAUUAUUGGUUGGUCGAUCGAUCAAUCGAUUGAGCAGGGAGAUGGCCGACCACGCAAAGGCGAUGCGCGAGUUGCAGACGCCCAAGGUGGCCCAGACGACCAGCCCGCAGCGGAAGGACCAGCCUGAGCUGCCCCUGCAGCUGCCCAACUCGAUGGCGCCCCCUUCGCCAGGCGGCCUGCUGAUGCGCCGGGGAGGCGCCGAGUUCCGCAAUCUUCGUGUGGACACCAAAGGCACAUCCCCCAGGGUCAACAACUCCUCCACCGGCGGUGGCGGUCCACCAGGUGGCAUUUUUGUGGUCAACGGGAUGCGUCGGCGGCGAGUGGUGCCGGCGACGCCCCUGCUGAGCGAGAAGGCCAUGCAGGUCCGCAAGCGAGUGCGAGGCGGCGACAUGCAUGACAACCCCGACGCACACAUGUACCUGAACGGCCACGGCCAGCACCGCCAUGGCCACCGGGGCAGCGAGUCGCCCGAGCGGGUCAAGCACCCUGGCGGCCGGGAUGCCCACGUCAAGCGUUUCAAGCACGGUGUGCCGGUGGAUGGUUCGGGCAACAACGGAGGCAACGGCAAGGGCAAGAACCCGGCGGGCGGCAAGGGGCGGCGGUACUGCCUCUGUGAGGGCAAGUCGAGGGGCUUCAUGAUCUGCUGCGACAAAUGCCAGGUGAGGAUUCACUCGAGUGACUCACAUGGCCACACACAUGACACACACAUGACACACACACCGAGCCGGAACACAGACCACAUCCAUCGAUCGAUCGAGUGUGUUGUGCUGUGCUGUGUGGUGGCUUCGCUUGUCGAUGGUUUGUCAGAAUUGGUUCCACCCCAAGUGUGUGGGUUUGACGACGAGCGAGGCGCGCAACUGGCCCAAGGAUGAGGCCUACUACUGCCCGCCCUGCAGGGACGCCACCGAGGACCUGAUCAACGAGGAGGACGUCAACGACAACUCGCUCCCCUCCUCAGCCAAGGACGCCGUCAUGCGGGAUGAGGACAACGCAGACGACAUCAACAGCAACAUCAACCCCAACCCUAACAACGAUCGACAAAUGCCGGUGGGCGCACAUCCCAUCCGCUUCACACAAGCACAAGGAUGGAUGGAUGGGUGGAUGGAUGGAUGUGCGUGCAUGUGUGUGCAGAUACAGGACGUGUUCGUUCCGUCACGGGAGAGUGCCCCCUUCCCUCUCCCUGCGCCUCUCCCCUAUCAGCAGCUGCUGUCUGGUGGAGGUGGAGGUGGCCGGGCUCCGGUGAUGCCGCCGGCCGACAUCCCGCCGCCCAUGACGGGUGACGAGGAAGCGCACAUCCCGAGGCUCGGCAAGACGGCGGGGCGCAUCCGGGACAAGGAUGGCCGCUUCAUGGCCAAAACCGGCAUCACGGUGCCGAUACCGGCGUCGCAGGCUCCACCAAGGCAGCUUGGACUUCCACGACUCACAGGAGGGCCAUCGUCCUAGCUACCGGCUGUCAGAGCCAGAGGGCGGGGGAGGGAGUGGCCAGGGUGGCGACGACGGCGGUGCGUUGGGCACAUUAAGGCAAAGAAGUAGGUGUCCGCUGCAGGAGGCUGGCCGAUUGGUGUUGGACGACGAGCGGGUCUACCUGUCAGUCUGUUUGUCUCGAUGUCAUUUUCUCUCCGUGAGCGUCAGUGGGUGGGGGCCUGCCUGAAGGGGAGAAUGGGCGAGUGGGGGGCGGGUGUGUGUGUGACAAGACAGAAAGGCCGGCUUGCUGAAGAAAGUGGUGCGUGUGUCCACGCCCACUGUUUCUCCACAUGCCGGCCGACUGACUGACUGACUGAUUAUUUGCGGCUGCACUGCCCACCUGCAUGAUCUACACAUCCGUGAAUUGGUGCAACGGGAGAGGGAGAGGGAAGGGAAGGAUUCUCCCUCGGAGGGAGGAAAACGUCGUGAGAGGCUCGAUCACCAUAUAUGGAUGGACGGACGGUGGAUGGUGGACGCCCCUGUCUGUCUGUCCGUGUUGCAAUCGUGUGUUUGUCUCUCCUCAUCCGCCUUAAUUACCCUGCUUUGCUUUGCAUCCCUGACGUGCCGUCAGGUAAGGUUUGCAUGUGUAAGCACAUCAGGCAAGGCAAGCCUCACUUGCGGGCAUGGGAGGCGACACGGGGAGGAUGAAUGGAUGGAUGGAUGAAGGAUGGCAAUGGGCUUUCCAGAGACAUACAAAUGCAUGCACAUGACUGACAUGACCUGCUGCUGAAUGCACUCACUGCACAGCCAGACAGCCGUUCGUGAGCGGAAUGGCGGUUGGGUACACGCAUGCAUGGUGGUAGACAGACACCAUCUCGAAUCGAUUCAUCUAGCUAGCUACCAUUUCAGGGCCCAUCCAUCACUGCAUGCCAUGCCAGAU